AUGGGCUGCAACGGCUCAAAAGUGGAGAGGCUUCCGGCGGUUUCGUUGUGUCGGGACCGUUGCAACUUGCUCGACCACGCACUCUUUCAAAGCUACGCCCUCUCCGAUGCCCACAUGGCGCACAUGCACUCCCUCAAAACACUUUCCUCUGCCAUUGUCUUUUUCUUCCAACAACAUUACUCCCCACCUCCCCCUCCCACUCUAACUCCAAUCAACGGCUGCGAUGGUGCCUGCAAGAAAUCUUCCUCUUCCUCUUCCGAUGACUCUGAAUCACGCGUCCUCUUGCAUUCUGAAUCAGAUGCUCAAGAUAUAGACGAUAGCCAGACAGAGUUAUUCAUCACUGUAAGCCGUCACCAUGAGUAUCUCAACUACCAUACUCAUGAUAACGUGGAUUUCAUGCAUUACGUACUCCAAUCUCCGCCGCCUCUGCCUUCCCCUCCCAGCACCUCACGCUGGGAAUUCUUCAACUUCUUCGAACCCUACGACGACACUUACUGUGCCACUGCUGACGUGGCAACAAAAGAAGAGAAGGAUGACACUGAGAGGGGAAAGGUCGCGACUCACCACGAGUCCUUGAAUGAAGCUAAGAAGGAGGAAAAGGACGAGAAGAAGAAGAAGGUGAAUGUGGAACAGAAUGAAGGAGUCGAAAAUAAGGAAGCUGGUUUGACAGAAGAAUGCAGCGGUUACUCGGAGAGAGUGAAAGAGAUUCAGAUUCUAUUCGAGAGAGCAUCCGAUUCAGGCAAUCCACUUUUGGAAAUGCUUGACGUUGGGAAAUUCCGUUACCACAAGAAACUUGCCUUCCAUUAUUCUUACAUAGCAUAA